CUCUUAUAUGCAUCACUCAUCACUCUUCACUCUUCACUCUUCACUCUUCACUCUUCACUACCUAAGAUGGCUUCCUCCUUAUCUUUUCUAGUGCUGCUCUUUGGAGCUCUGAUCCUAAGCCCACAAGGGUUUGCUAGGGUUCCUGCAGUACCUGCUCAUGAGUCACCAAAUGACACACCAUCACCUAUUUUUAAAUCUCCAAACAACUCCCCAUCACCUGUUUUUGAAUCACCAAACAAGACACCAUCACCUGUUUUCAAGUCUCCAAGUAACUCACCAUUGAACAAGGCACCUAUUUUUGAGUCGCCAAACAAUUCUCCAUCACCUGUUUUUGAGUCUCCAAACAAGACACCAUCACCUGUUUUUGAGUCACCAAACAAGACACCAUCACCUGUUUUCAAGUCACCAAACAAGACACCAUCACCUGUUUUUGAGUCUCCAAACAAGACACCAUCACCUGUUUAUGAAUCACCAAACAAUUCACCAUCACCUGUUUUUGAAUCACCAAACAAGACACCAUCACCUGUUUUCAAGUCUCCAAGUAACUCACCAUCACCUACUUUCAAGUCUCCAAACAACUCUCCAUUGAACAAGGCACCUAUUUUUGAGUCGCCAAACAAGACACCAUCACCUGUUUUUGAGUCUCCAAACAAGACACCAUCACCUGUUUUUGAAUCACCAAACAAUUCACCAUCACCUGUUUUUGAGUCACCAAACAAGACACCAUCACCUGUUUUCAAAUCUCCAAGCAACUCACCAUCACCUACUUUUAAGUCUCCAAACAACUCACCAUUGAAAAAGGCACCUGUUUUUGAGUCGCCAGACAAAACACCAUCACCUGUUUUCAAAUCUCCAAGCAACUCACCAUCACCUACUUUCAAGUCUCCAAACAACUCACCAUUGAAUAAGGCACCUAUUUUUGAGUCGCCAAACAACACACCGUCACCUGUUUUUGAGUCACCAAACAAAACACCAUCACCUGUUUUCAAAUCUCCAAGCAACUCGCCCUCACCUGCUUUCAAGUCUCCAAACAACUCACCAUUGAAUAAGGCACCUGUUUUUGAGUCGCCAAACAAGACACCAUCACCUGUUUUUGAGUCACCAAACAACUCACCAUUUAAGGCUCCUUAUGGCACUCCGAAUUAAAGCGAAUUGAAUGAACCAAGAAGAUAAUAAUAUGCAUGCAACAAGCUAGGCAUAAUAAUAUGUACAUAUCUGAUAAUAAAUAAGUGGUCUCUCCAGUUUCGUCCUUAUCUAUUGCAUGCAUGCAUGCUUAGUUUUCUUCUCGUAUGUUAUUCUUGGUUACUUCAUUUCAAUUCUCUCUACAAUUCUGUGGCCAAGAACACAUAACCAUCUCUCUCUCUCUAUAGACGUAAGGUCAGUGAAGUUAAGGAGUAAAAUAUGGUGCUUUGUGUACUCCUAAUUUAUUAUAAAUAAAAUGAUUAUGUUGAGAUCUU